AUGGCUCAUCCGAUGGCGACAGGAGAGGCAGCAACAAGCUCCGCUGCUGCAGCUUCCCCUUUUGACGAUACCAACGUGAACGGCCACACCAACAGUAGGCCUCGCCAUACACAUCCCGCCUUUCCCACCGAGAACGGAAACACGACAAACACCAACAACAACAACUGCAACAGGCUAGAAGACUCCCUCUGCAGCAGCGCUUCCUACUCCCUCUACUCGGACGACAACGAGAUGGACGACCCGACCACCGACACCUUUCCCGUCCCCCACGACCCGACCCUCCUCCCCGGCGGCUCCCGCGACCUCUCCUUCAUCUCCCUCCAAGCCUUCCUCUGCGGAUCCGUCUUUGCCACCGGCCUCCUCUGCUCUCUCUUUCUCAUUCACCACAACGUCCCCUGGUGGCGGCUUCCAGCUUUCCUCACCUGCCUGAGUCUGUUCCAUUACCUCGAAUUCUGGACCACGGCAGCUUACAACGUCCCCGCCGUGCGAGCUUCGAGUUUCCUGCUCUACAAUAACGGUAGAGCGUAUACAUUGGCGCAUACCAUGGCUUCGAUAGAGAUUGUGCUGUCGCAAUUCCUGCCUUCCUACCAGAAAUUUUUGGUCUCGCCAUGGACUAUUUCCCUCGGGAUGCUGUUGGUGUUGAUCGGACAGAGUGCGAGGAGUAUAGCAAUGGCGCAAGCCGGCACGAAUUUCAACCACAUUCUCGUCACGGAAAGGAAAAGGGACCACGAACUCGUCAUCGAUGGAUUGUACGCGUAUUUCCGACAUCCGAGCUAUUUCGGAUUCUUCUGGUGGGCUAUUGGGACACAGUUGCUUGUCGGGAAUAAGAUCUGUUUGGUCGGCUAUGCGGUUGUGUUGUGGAAAUUCUUCAGCAAUAGGAUCAGGAGUAUGUCUUUUUACUUUUUGCGAUUCUCUCAUUGCAAUACAGCGGCUGACAUACUCUACUUAGAGGAAGAAAGGCAUCUGGUCGAUUUCUUUGGCGACAAGUACGUGGAAUACCGAAAGCGGACGGGGACGAGGAUUCCGUUCGUUCCUUGA